GAUCAACGAAUAACGCAGGAUGUCGAGAAAAUGUGUAAUGUGCUGGCAACGAAGCUUACUCCAUCAUUACUUGUAGCACCGUUCGUCAUCGCCUUCUAUACGUUCAAAACGUGGCAGACAGCUGGUGGAUUCGGCGUAGGCUUUAUUUACGUGUACUUUAUCCUUGGAGCUGUAUUGAAUCGUAUCCUUAUAUCGCCUCUUACAAAGUGGGCAGCCAGAGUGGAAAAAGCAGAGGGUGACUUUCGGUUCAAGCACGUCUCAGUGCGAAAUCAUCAUGGCCGGAAGAAUAAGGCCAUUCUAUUCGAGGCAGCCGAGUUUGAGAAAAGCUCUGGCUGA